GUUUGAUCGAUAGACGUUUCCAGAUGUUUCAUGGUAGAAAACAAAUGUACGUAUUUGUGUCGUCGUUCGGUAGUUCUGUAGAGAGUCGAAAAGAUAUCCGAUCUACUUCCCACAAGUGAUUACAAGUGCUACGUGUGAAAAGGAAUCCUGAUCUGAUUGAAUCAGUUUGGUGGAGAAAUAAUGACGAAAGACGAGGGACAAUUCGAUGGGAUGUUGCUGGCGAUGGCACAGCAACACGAGGGCGGCGUACAGGACCUGUUAGACACAAUAUUCAGUUUUCUCGCAAGAAAAACGGACUUUUAUACUGGCGGAGGUGAAGGUGCCGCAGAAAAGUUGGUUAUGGCGAAAUUCAAAAAACACGAAGCAACAGCUCUCGCAAAAGCAUCAGCGGAAAAGGCCGAACGUGCUGAACAAGAACGAAGAAGGAAAGAGAGAAUCGAACGAAAGCGAAAAGAGGAGCAGCAGACCGAGGAGAGUCAAAUCGAUAGCGAAUCAAAGAUCGUUGAAUUGACGGACGAACAGGCAGCGAAAUUGCAAGAAGAAAUUGACAGUAAGAAAUCUGGGUUGGCAACGCCGGCUGAUCCCAUGGCAGGAACUAGUACCAACAACGACCUUAUCCCGACCAGCGAUGCUACUGGAAUUGGAAAUCCUGAAGACGACGAGGAGGAAGAUGAGAAGGAACGGGGCAAGUUAAAGCCCAAUGCAGGAAAUGGUGCGGAUAUGCCCAAUUAUCGAUGGACACAAACGCUACAGGAAGUAGAGAUAAGGGUACCACUGAAGGUCGCUUUCUCGGCGAGGCCCAAAGACGUCGCUGUGUCCAUUACCAAGAAGCACCUGACCUGCGGGGUCAAGGGUCAGCCGCCGAUAAUCGACGGUGAUUUUCCUCACGAGGUCAAGCUCGAGGAAUCUACGUGGGUGAUCGAGGACGGUAAAGUUUUGCUAAUCAACCUCGAAAAAGUGAACAAGAUGCAGUGGUGGUCGCACGUGGUGACGUGUGAUCCGGAGAUCAGCACAAAGAAGGUCAAUCCCGAGCCGAGCAAACUCUCGGACUUGGAUGGCGAGACGCGUGGUCUCGUCGAGAAGAUGAUGUACGAUCAGAGGCAGAAGGAGCUUGGCCUUCCCACCUCCGAUGAGCAGAAGAAGCAAGACGUUAUUAAGAAGUUUAUGGAACAGCAUCCCGAGAUGGACUUUUCAAAGUGCAAGUUUAACUGAACUUAAAUCGUCGGACUUGCGUCAUCGUCUUUCUCUGCCUAUCCUAUCCUAUUCUCUGCCGAAAUUACGAUCAUACGUCACUGCACGUUUCAGUGUAUUGCUACAAUAAAUUUCUCUUUUUAUAACA